UCUAUUUCUCGUGUCAACCUCACUCUACUCAUUCCUUUCCGCUCCUUGGUGGCUUGACUCCUUCUUCACACAACCAAACCUCUAAUUACCACCGGAUCCCUUCCAGGGCAUCACGACGCUAAUUGACCUCACAAUUACUUCUUAUAACCAUUGAACUUGUUACUGAAAUAAGAAGAGUAUGACGAACUACGAGAUCGUCUAUGCCGUUCAUAAUUUUGAAGCCGAAAAUGAAGACGAAAUUGCAUUCGGAAUCGGAGAACCCAUUCAAGUUCUCGAGAGAGAUGAAAAGUACCAUGAUGGCUGGUGGCAGGGCCGUAACCCGAAUGGUGAAGUUGGACUUUUUCCAAUGAGCUACACCUCACCAAACAAACCAAAAACGCUACACGCUCCUUCAAGUAAUUCCGGAGUAUCUAGCUCGUCUCGGCAUACAUCCACCGGAAGCAAUCAGAGCAACAAAACAAGUUCGGCAUUUGAUAUGGACGGCUUAUUUGAACCAAGUCUACCAACCCCAAAAAUCCCAAUAGAACAAAAUUAUCCACCUGCCCUUGUAUCUUCCCGCUCAGCACCAACUAAUUCCAACAUACGACGCCCGAGUUUACCAGACGAAUCUGCAGGUCGACUACCAACCAUCCCAGCAGCAGCACCAGCAGUACCAGCAGUACCAGCAGCAUCAUCAUCAAUAGCACUAACCUUUGACGAAAAAUUAGAAGACUGGGAUGUGGAACAGGUUGCGAACUGGCUUAUCGUGGUUGGCCUAGGCAUGGUGGCUGAUCUCUUUAUAGAACAGGAAAUCACUGGUGACAUCCUGCUGGAUUUAACCAUCGAUUCACUAAAAGAGCUUGGGAUUACCACCUAUGGAAAGCGCUACAAAGUUAUGAACGCAAUCAAUAAGCUAAAAAACAAACAAUCAAUUGGAGAAACCCACGAGUCCACUAGCCUUAACGGACCCGCAAUGUCUUCCUCAACUUCCUCUCCGUCCUCUUCUUCUUUACAACCCCAACCGCUGCCGAGAACCUCUCUGUCUACAGGAAACAUCCCACCUCCACCCCCACCCCCACACUCUCUUCCACCUUCUCUUCCACCUGCAGCUCCGAGCGCGUACCCAAACAAUCUCUCUCAAAGCAACUCUUCAGAAAGUGAUGGUUUGUAUCAGUAUCCUCGCAAGGCACCUCUUCCGCCGCUGGCCGGCGCCAUGGGGGACUCUGAUUCCAACAAUCAUCGCCUCUCACCUCUUUUCCAGUCCGGAGAAGGCGUCAGGCCACCCUCUUUCCAAAGCAUGAACUCAGGCUCAAAUGUCAGUCGCACCAAUACUUUCAACACCACCUCCUCAAAAAAAUCUAGUGUUUCUUCCGGAACUGUCCGAAGUCAUGAAAGACCUCUAGAUCUGUUUGGAAAACAUCCCGCAUCACGUCUCAAUUCAAUGAACAAGGCUAGAACAGACCCCUUUGAUGUCGGUGUCUUCCCUACACCCUCCAAAAGUACUCCUUCUCAUGGUUCACCCAAUACUUCACGAUCUUUCUCGAUUCACUCAAUUUCAAGUAAGCAUGACAAGCAGGCUGAUUUUGCUCUUUCAGUCGAUCCGCUUGUCGCUGGACGACCAUCGCUCGAUGGUAAUUCUAAAGUGCCUGAGCAUGAAGGGUGGCUUUACAAACAGUCCGAUCGCUACAGAACUUGGAACAAACGUUGGUUUGUACUCAAAGGUGCCAAUCUGUUUUACUUCAAGGGACCAAAGGAUGUACGUAUGAAAGGCAUAAUUAAUUUGAGAGGAUACCGAAUCAUUGUCGAUGCAACUAUACAUGCUGGAAAGUACAGCUUUAAAGCACAACACGAGCGAGAACGAACAUUCUUUUUCUACACAGAUGCCAAAGAUUCUAUGCGUGCAUGGAUCCAAAUGCUGAUGAAGGCUACUAUUACCCGUGACUUGAGUGCACCUGUCAUGUCUUCGAACCAUGUUUCUACCAUUCCACUUGACGUUGCGCGUAGAAUGAGGCCUCGUCCACCUUCAGUUAUUAUGUAUAAACCACAGAAGCCUAAGCAAGAUGCUAAGAUGGAAAUGCUAGAGGAAGAGGAAGAAACAACCUUGGGACCCAUGGCGAUUGAAGACGAUCCAUCUGUUGGACUGCAAUACCGUCAAACUCGCGAGUCUGGAGUAACAGUGUACCCACACCACCUGAGCGGGGGUGAGAUUCCCGAGGUACCAGAUCUCUACCAGAAAUAUAGACCCGAAAGCAAAUCCGAAACCAAGCAAGAAAAAGUGGCAGUAUUAGGUGACGAAGAUGAAGAUCUUAUUGACCCUCAUCAUCGACAACUCCGAGUCUCUUCAUCAAGCGAUAAAAGUUCAUCGCACUCGUCAUUCUCAGCAACCGAUUUCCCCAAACCAUGGACUCGGGCACAGUACAUUGAGUGGGUCAAUCAGCACUUGCCUGCUGGCAAGCAUGUGGUGGAAUUGACUAGCGCCUUCCGUAAUGGAGAUGCACUUGUGCUCUUACUCGAGUCCCUGAGCCACAAAGUUGUUCGGAGGGCACCUACACAAAAGGGUGGAUCUGUAAGCAUGCAGAUGCUCGAUACCAUUGUAGCAGCCUUUAAAUUUAUGGGACGUGAGGGCGUUGUUGUUGACGGACGUUACACUAUCAAAGAUGUAUUUGGUGGAAACGAAAGAAAAAUUAUGGACAUGCUUGAUGCCAUUAAACUAUGGGCAGAGAACAAUGACUUUAGUAGCGUUGCAACCAACGAACCAGCAGAGAAAACACCCGGUUGGUCAGAAUCUGGAAUGCUAGACCAGAGACUUGCAACAGCCAACAGAGCCGAACAAGCUUUACGGCGCUCGAUGUUUGAAGAAGAACACGAACCGAUUAUAUUUUGAUCAUAAAAAAAAACAAAAAAAAGCACAUACACACAUACACAAGACACUUCUUAUUCAUAUUAUUCUUCUUGUACUUCUUUAUUAUCCAUUCUUAUUUAAUCAUUUAACAUUUUACAAACAAGUAUUAUAUUUCAUUGGCCUUUU